AUGCCAACAGCAAUCGGUAUAGAUCUGGGGACCACCCGCUGCUGCGUUGGGAUCUGGCGCAAUGACCGCGUGGAGAUCAUCCCUAACGAGGAGGGCAAUCCCUUCACGCCCUCGUAUGUUUCAUUCACCGAGACAGAGUGGCUCAUCGGGGAUGCCGCGAUGAGGAAAGCGGCGAGGGAUCCAAGCAACACCGUCUUCAACGUCAAGCGGCUCCUUGGCCGCGCCUUCUCCGAUCCGGGGAUCCAGGCCGACAUUGCUCACGUCCCUUACGAGGUCUUCGAAAAGGACAUGAAGCCGCAUAUUCGGGUGCGAUAUCGGGGGAACACGAAAGAGUUCUCUCCGGAAGAGGUCUUCUCUCUGAUCCUGACAAAGAUGAAGGAGAUCGCGCAGUCCUACCUCGGCUCCAUAGUCACCUCCGCGGUGAUCACCGUCCCCGCGCACUUCAACCUCUCCCAGCGGCAGACGACCAAAGAUGCAGGAACUAUGGCGGGGCUGAAGGUGCUCCGUGUCCUGAGCGAGACAAGUGCGUGCGCCGCCACCUACAGAGUCGACAGGUGGAACGCCAGGGACCACAACGUCCUUAUCUUCGAUCUCGGCGGGGGGUCGUUGAGCGUGUCCCUCGUGACCGCACACGAGUCUGGCGUCUUGGACGUCCAAGCGAACGCGGGCGAUGCGCACUUGGGCGGAGAGGACUUCGACGACCGUCUCGUCCAGCACUUCUCCGCCGAGUUCAAGCGCAACCACAGGGUGGAUCUGUCUGGCAACCACCGCGCCCUCCGUCGUCUCCGCAUCGCCUGCGAGCGCGCCAAGCGAACGCUCUCCUCCGCCAUGAAGACCACGGUCAUGGUCGACGGCCUCUAUGAGGGAAUCGACUUCGAGACUUCCCUCACCCGCGGGAGCUUCGAGGAUCUCUGUGACGACCUCUUCCGUCGUACCCUCGAUCCUAUCGACAGCGUGCUCCGCGAUGCAAAGAUACAUAAAUCGCAGGUAGAUGAAGUCAUCCUGGUCGGAGGUUCGACCCGCAUCCCACGUAUCGGCAGGCUCGUCUCGGAGUUCUUUGACGGCAAGGAGCUGAACAGGUCUAUGAACACCGACGAGGCGGUGACAUGUGGGGCUGCUAUCCAGGCGGCCAUCCUCGCCGGGGCCACCUCAGAGAAGACGCAGGGCGUGCUGCUCCUCGACGUCGCCCCCGUAUCGCUGGGGAUCGAGACCACGGGGGGCGCUAUGACGCCAAUCAUCAAACGCCACUCCACCGUCCCGACAAAGAAGUCGCAGAUGUUCACCACGACAUCCAACAACCAGCCUGGAGUCUUCGUACAGGUCUACGAAGGCGUCCAUGCGAAGGCGAAAGACAAUAACCUGGUGGGGAGGUUCGUGAUCUCAGGCCUUUCACAAGCGCCUCGUGGAGUACCUCGGAUCGAAGUGACCUUUGACAUGGACGCGAACGAUCGCCUGGUCGUCUCGGCCACCGAUAAGGGCUCAGGAAAGUCGCAAAAUAUCUCCAUCUCGAGCGACGUGCGGGGACUUUCAAGGAAGGAGAUGGAGGCCAUGAGCGCUGAGGCCGAGGGGUACUACAGAGAAGCGGCGGAGCGUAAAGCAGCGAAGAAGAGGCUUGAGGCGUAUGCGUCCAGCCUAGAGACCGCAAUAGUGGAGCUCCAGAACGCACUCGGCCGAGCGACCUUGUUGAUGAAUGCUGGGAAGGACAUCUCUGCCGAGGUCUAUAGACAUCGCCAACAGGCGAUGGAAGAGGCGGCAGAGACGGCUAUGCGAAAGCUCUCUGGUUCUGCUACCAGUCAGCAGGGAGACUGGCAGCUGUCGCCGGUUUGA